AUGCACCGGGAGCCACGGCCUAGCCUGCCGCCCGCACCGAAAGCCAACAAGCACGACGAGAAACGAAGGGAGACGUCGGCUGGAUUUGCUCGGGAAGGGGUUGGACAAAGCCGCACUGCAGCACUCGCUCCCCACCUGAUCGUCGCCACCAGAUCGAGCGGCGUGCCGCCGCGGUGGCCGGUGAUAUUCGUCCCAAGCCGCGCAAGCCGACUGUGGAGGCAGCGCGGAAACUGGGGUUUGAGGCAAACCCUCGAUCUUCAGGCCCUCUCUGCUCGCCUGUCUAGUGCAGUCGCAAAGACAAACAGCUCCCACAACGCCACCGAGCCGACGCCACUUGACAACCUCAGCCAGCCGGGCCAACCAACCCACCCCGCCCACGACCCGCCAAGAAAGCUGUCGGCCGUGUCCACCACAGCCGUCUCCAGCGCUGGUCUCAAGUGUCUCAUUGGAAGCGUCGAAGCUGGCGCGCCGCCCAUCCCUUACCAAAACCAGCCAACCAUCCGUCCUGCCGGGUCUUCUCCGACUGUACCUCGCUCCCUGGCCUUCCACAUAGUGCCACCCAAAGGACCGACCUGCCCGCCUAGGUACCAAAGCAGCAUCGCGCCCGAGCCGACUGAAAUCCAUCUUCCCAAGACGUACACCGCCACAUUAGCUUACUUGCUCUUUAUAGCUGCUCCUUAG